GAGGCAUUUCCGGUUCGGGAGCCCCCAGAGCGUGUCCCGGGCGGUUCCCCGCCGCCGGGAUGCACCGGCGGGGGGUGGGCGCGGGCGCCAUCGCCAAGAGGAAGCUGGCGGAGGCCAAAUACAAGGAGCGAGGGACGGUUCUGGCUGAAGACCAACUGGCUCAGAUGUCUAAGCAACUGGACAUGUUUAAGACCAACUUAGAAGAGUUUGCCAGCAAACACAAGCAAGAGAUUCGUAAAAAUCCCCAGUUUCGGGUCCAGUUCCAGGACAUGUGUGCAACCAUCGGAGUGGAUCCAUUGGCAUCUGGUAAAGGAUUCUGGUCAGAGAUGCUGGGAGUUGGAGACUUCUACUAUGAGCUGGGUGUUCAGAUUAUUGAAGUUUGUCUAGCUCUGAAGCACAGAAAUGGAGGUCUCAUAACCCUGGAGGAACUUCAUCAGCAAGUGCUAAAGGGAAGAGGGAAGUUUGCCCAGGAUGUCAGCCAGGACGAUCUCCUCCGAGCUAUCAAGAAGCUGAAAGUUCUGGGCAGUGGCUUUGGGAUUAUUCCUGUCGGAGGGACAUAUCUGAUCCAGUCUGUACCAGCUGAACUGAACAUGGAUCACACAGUGGUUUUGCAGCUGGCCGAGAAAAAGGGGUAUGUAACGGUCAGCGAGAUCAAGUCCAGUUUAAAGUGGGAGAUGGAACGUGCCAAGCACGUGCUGGAACACCUGCUGAAGGAAGGCAUGGCCUGGCUUGACACACAAGCUCCAGGGGAACCUCAGUACUGGCUGCCUGCUCUCUUUACAGAACUUUACUCUCAGGAAAUCACUCCUGAGGAAGCAAAGGAGGCAAUACCCUGACUGUUAAGAGGAAAACACUGAGCUGUGUGCACCUGUACAUAUUCUCCCUUUGCUGUUGUAUUACUUGAAGUAGGACAUUUAACUUUAAAUAAAGUUGUUUAAAAAAGUC